AUGGAAGCUGCCAAUAAUCCAAAGCAAAUGAAAUUAAAUUUUCAGCCUGCACGUAUUCAGCAAGGUAAUAACUAUUAGAUUAUAAUUAAUUAAUAGGUAUUUAUCUUAAAAUAUAUAUACAAAUUUUUAUUCUUUUUAAACUUUACCAACUUAGAAUUAUCAAUAUCAAAAAAUAAGGAUUCUAAGUCAAUUUAAUAAAUAAAAUUUCGCCAGAAAACAUUAACUGCACAGUCGGUAAAAGUAAGAAAAAUAUAAAUGGUAUGUAACUCAAAUUAUAAUAUAUAAAUGUGAUGUAGAGAAAAUCAUAUAGGUUUUUUUAUAUUCAUUAUAUUUAUAUAAAAAUAGAAUCAAAUUUGGAAAAUAAAAAUAUCAAAUGUACAAGUAUUCUGGAAAUAAAUGAAAAGGAAAAUAAUAUGACUGAUGAAAUAAAAAAUAAUAUUAAUGGUAUAUACUAUAUUGUAAUUAUUGUUAACAUUUUUAAGUAGAAGUAGAAUUAAAGAAAUAUUUGUACAUAACAUGCCGAAGCACAUUAUUCAUUUUAAUAUUAAUUUAUGGGUUCACCUCUUUUCAAAUAUGCCUAUAUUACUUUUUCAUAUAUGUUUUAUAAAUACUGAAAUAUGUAUGCUACUUUAUACACUUAUGUAUCAAAAUAUUUAAAAUAUGUGUUUAAAAAAAAACAAAUUAAUUCAAUUAAUUAAAUUCAUAUUUUGAUAUUUAGAUAAACCUCAAAAUGAAUUAGAGAAAAAUAAUACAUACGAAAAAGAACUAAUGAAAAUAAAUGAAGUCUCAUUUCAAAACUUUCAAAUAGUUAUAAUGACAAUUUGACGCCAUCUUUAUCAAAUUUUAUACCACCACUAUCAAAUAUUUCAGCAGAUAUAAAAUUUAAAUUUUGGAAAAAUUAUCCAAUGGUGAUGUUAUAAAUAGGAAAUGGAUUUAAUUUUCAGUCGACAUUAAAUUAUUUUAUUGUGCUACAUGUAUGGCAUUUUCAGUUGGUUCUGAAUCAAAAUUUAUUUCUGGUUAUAAUGCUUUAGCAAAAUCAAACCAUAACACCUAUAAAGAUAUUGAACGACAUGAAAAUUUGACUAUUCAUCAAAAUGCUGCAAUUGCAGUUCUUUGUUGUAAUUUGGAAAAUCAUAGUAGUUAA